GUAUAAAGAAUCAUCAUAAAAGAGCAAAUUAAACCACGUGACAUAAUAAAGAAAUUUACUUAAUCUGACAAGCAAUAAAGCUUAAAUUCAUGCCUGAAUCAAAAACCUGAAUGAAUUAUUUAUGUAUGAAAAAUGGUUAACAAGACAUGGGAUUUUUUUUACAAGUUCCACCAUCUCACAUGCCUUCUCCUCGUAUCCUUAUUAGCUGCUGCUCUGUAUUUUACUCGCGACGUAAAUUAUUUGAAAUUCUUGAAAAAUCAACAAAAAUUACAUAGCGACGACAAAAAUUAUUCUAGUACUAGUAGUAGUAGUGGUCGUUGUGAUUUUUUUUCAGGCACGUGGAUUUACGACAACAAAUCGACGUACCCUCUUUACAAGGAGAGAGAAUGUUCUUUCAUGGAUGAUACUUUUGCUUGUGAAAAACAUGGCAGAAAGGACUUGAAAUAUCAACGUUGGAGAUGGCAGCCUCACAAUUGUGACAUUCCUAUGUUUAAUGGGACAAUAUUAUUGGAGAAAUUAAGGGGGAAGAAGCUUAUAUUUGUCGGCGAUUCGUUGAAUCGGAACCAAUGGGUAUCUUUGCUUUGUCUAAUUGAGCCAUUUCUUCCUCCAUCAUCACAUAAGAAAUUGAUCUUGGAUGGCAAUAUGUACUUCUUUCAUGACAAUGUAAGAAAAAAAAUUCCUAAAAAGUUCUCGUGUAUGAAGGAAUACAACACCACAAUCGGAUUCUAUUGGUCGCCAUUUCUAGUCGAAUCUAACGCGGAUAACAUAUGGGACCACCGUGUGCCUGGCCGUGUAAUUGGAGUCGAGUCGAUCGAAAACCACGCAAGGCAUUGGAACGAUGCCGAUAUAUUAAUCUUCGACUCUUAUGCUUGGUGGUUACAUCCCUUAAUGACACUCAUGUGGGGUUCAUUUGGAAGCUCAGAAGCAAUCUACAAAACAGUAGAUAUGAAGCUUCGUCGCUACGAAAUGGCACUAACAACAUGGUCCGAUUGGCUUGAAUUGAACAUCAAUAGAACGAGAUCUAAGUUGUUCUUCAUGAGUGUCUCGCCUUAUCUCUAUAGGUAUAUAUAUAAACUGUGCAGGGGCGAUGUUUUGAGGAAUUGCUUAAAUAGAAGCGAGCCACUAUUCAUGGAUGAGUAUUUGGUUUCGACAAAGAAGAGCAUGAGAGGCAUAGUGGAAUCGACGAUAGAGAAGCUGGAGGAAAGAGGGGUAAAAGUGGAAUAUCUGCAUAUAACACGAAUGUCCGAAUAUAGAACCGAUGCACAUCCUUCUAUUUAUAGUAGGUUUUCCGAUUAUUUAACCGAAGAGGAGAAGAAACAUCCGAGAAACAAUUCCGACUGUCUGCAUUGGUGUCUUCCGGGUGUACCCGAUGUUUGGAAUCAAAUUCUUUCUGAUUACAUUAUCAAUUAGUCUGA